GCCAGCAGAGGUUUGUUUUGGUGAUCAGCUGCCAGGCCCGUGGAGAGAAAGCCGCAGAUACUUCACUAAUUCUAACUCCCCACGUGACCCUAGGGCUAUAGAGGGGAUGCACGCCUUCCUCUAACUCCAGCUGGUAGCGUAGGUGGUUCCAGAAGCAGAGGAGGAUGGAGGGGGGUGUGGUGGGCAGUGUCCCUCCUGUCGCUCCGCCCACAGUCAAGCUCAAGUGGGCGGAGCACCUCACAUCCUCCUGGCUACUGAAGGACUGCCAGGCCAUUGCUCUGCGUGACUCCACCCUCGUCCUGUAUGACCGCCUGCUGGAGAACAAGGAGGUGGUGGUGGUGGCAGGACCUGGCUGUGUGAUGCAUGGAGGCCCCCAGCUGCCAGACUAUGAGCCAGAGCCACCCUCCCCAGCAGACCAACUCAACCAUGUCAAUGCCCUCCUGGCAUCACAGGCAGCUCUUGCUCGUUCAACCGCCGCCCAGCCUCGGUUCUCGGCUCUGCUACACAAGCGUCUCAUCGUGUUGCAGCGGAUCUACCAUGCUCUGUCCCGCAGCUUUCACCAGGGCAGCCGUGAGAGGGACAGGGCCUUGAUGGGGACAGGUGAGCGAGGGCCGUCCGCUGAACUGCAGGGAAUGGGGCCAGCACUGUCAGCGAAUGAGGCACUGGUGGAGCUUGGGGUGCAGACUGGCCUGUCCCUGCUCUUCUCCAUCCUGCGGCUAGGCUGGGUUAACAACAGUGGGGCCAGCCUGUGCUCUGAAGUGCUGGGGACGGCUGUGGCAGUGGUGCAGGCGCUCCCUCCACUCUCCCUGGCGGUGGAGUCCAAGCUGCCUCGUGUUGGUCUGGCCUCCCUUGCCCAGCUUACCACCUUCCUCGGGGACACCGCCAAGCCCUCCUCUCCAGCAGAUCGCACUGGACGUAAGCUGAGUGCUGAGUUGCUGCUGGGUCUGAGUCUGCAGCGAGGGUCUCUGCGUUACCUGCUGGAGUGGGUGCACAUGGCCCUCACUGCUGCCACCACUGCUGCUGACGACUCAUCGGAUGGGACCUGCAUCAGUGGGAGCUGCCUGCAGGAGGUGAUGAACGCACUGGCCCAGAGUGGAGAGUGCCUGGUGGGGAUGUCGCCCAGCAUCGUCAGACCAGAUGGCACUGUGCCCUUCUACACAGCUGCUCUUCUGCUCAUGGAGAAACUGGCACUAUUAGCAUGUGAAUACGCCCGCACCUGCAUUGGUGACUCAUGUGAGGAGGUGGCUACAGACAACAAUGAAUCCUGUGAUGUUUACGUUUGGGGCAGCAAUUCCUCCCACCAGCUGGCAGAAGGGACCCAGGACAAGAUACUCGCCCCCAAGCUGACCCACGCCUUCAGUAGUGUGCAGCAGGUGGAGGCUGGCCAAUAUUGUACCUUUGUAGUGCACAGGGAUGGGGUCAGCGCCUGUGGGAAGGGGAGUUAUGGUCGCCUAGGUCUCGGGGACUCCAACAACCAGGCGUCACCGAAGAGACUCCACCUUGAUGCACGGCUAAGGAGAGUGUCAUCCUCCAAGGGCAGUGACGGACAUACCAUUGCCCUCUCCACCUCCGGGCAGGUCUUCACUUGGGGAGAUGGUGACUAUGGCAAGCUGGGCCACGGCAACAAUGUCACCCAGAAGUACCCAAGGUUAGUGGCAGGGCCGCUGACCAGCAAGGUGGUGCGCUGGGUGUCCGCUGGGUACCGUCACUCGGCCUGCGUCACACAGGAGGGGGAGCUCUUUACCUGGGGCGAGGGAGACUACGGCCGUCUUGGCCACGGGGACAACACGAGCCGCAACAUUCCCACCCUGGUGCGGGACAUCUCAGGGGUGGGGCAGGUGGUGUGUGGCAGCGCGCACACACUCGCUCUCUCUGCUGACGGCCGGACGGUGUGGUCGUUUGGUUCAGGGGACCACGGCAAGCUGGGCCACGGGGACACAGCUAAAGUGUACCGGCCGAGGGUGGUGGACGCGCUGCAGGGACUCACCGUGCGCAAGCUGACAACUGGCACACAGGUCUCCCUCGCCCUGGCAGCCCACGGUCAGGGCGGUGACAACGGUCAUUUUCAGGUGUGGGUGUGGGGAACGGGACCCUGCCUGGCCAUGGGUUCCUCUGAGGCCACCAUGCUCCGCCCACGGCCCAUCGAGGAGCUGUCCGGUCUCAGGGUGGUGGACAUCUCGGCUGGUGACUCACAUGUCCUGGCCCUCACUCAUGAGUCGGAGGUGUAUGCGUGGGGCUCCAACACAAUGGGUCAGUGCGGGCAGGGACACACCAUCUCACCACUGCUGCGGCCCAAGAAGGUGAUGGGGCUGGAUGUGGCCGUGCAUCAGAUCAGCGCUGGAACUACACACUCAAUUGCCUGGACUGCCAUUCCCACUGACAGGCGUGUGGUGUCGUGGCACCGGCCCUUCUGUGUGGACCUUCAGGAGGGCACCUUCUCCCUCCUGCGCACCUUUAUCGAGCUCUACUGCUGCUUUGAUGCCUUUGACACACCCAUCAAACCGUUUGCCUCUGUAAGGGACCAGGAGAAGUUUGUGUUGCUGUGCCUGCAGCUGCUCAACACCCACCUGUCCCUGGCACUGACGGGAGGCAUGGCCCAGGCAGUGCUUGGGGCCGAGGCAACACCACUCAGGGAGCUGCUCUUCAGGCUGGUGGAUGCCAAGUUGCCACGGGCCAUUGAGGCAGAGGUGUGUGAGGGCCUCAGCUCCCCCCUGCUGCUGCCUCCCCUCGCCUCACGCAUGAGUCUGCUCUACGGCCUGCUGCCAAAGUCACCUGAGGACUGGGGCCAGCUCACCUAUGGCCAGAGGCUGCAGCUGGGCAUCCUGGUGGUGAGCCUGGAGGACCCAAGUCAUGUGGCCGCUCUCCUUGGCUACAGCUCCUCCGAGGAUGCCCCUGCCUCCCUCCAGGAUCCCUCUGCCACCCUGCCACGGGACCUGAUGCGCACCCUGCUGGCCAACCUCAGAUUCCACACUGAACACCAACUCAAGCAGAUCCUGGAGGAGGAGAGGCCAGCCAAGAGCAACACACUCAAGGUGAAGCCCCGGGCACCACAGAAACUCAAGCCCCAUGAGGACCCACCGUCAGGAGCCAGCCCUGUGCCGCCCAUCCAGAUGUCCCCCACACACCUCACUGACACUACAAGAGAAGGCGAUGAAGGAGCAGGAACAGGCACAGGGACGGGGCCAGGGCAGGACAAGGGUGAAGCGCCCCAUCGACAGCAGCACGUUGACUCUCAGCUGGGCGGCACACACCCUCAGCACCUCCUCCGCCUGCUGUCCACUCUUCACUCCCACCUGCUGGCUUACUGCACCCAUCACCAGUUUGAGGAGAACUCCCCCAGCAUGCUUCUCCUUCAUGAACACCUGCGGGAGUUGUUUGAGAUGUGCGGGGACCUUCUGAGCCAGACGUCCUCCCUGCUGUCCUCACAUCCUGGCCUGGCCCACCUCAUACAUGAUGUGGUGUACCGCAGUGUGAGUGGCUGGGUGCUGGCACAUGUGGUGUACGCACUGCUGCUCUUCCCGGCCAGGUUGGUGCGUCCCCUCCUUGGCCCCCUCAGAGCCCUCCUCCCCAUCCUAGACUCCACAAAUCGCACCAUUGCCAAUGUCACUUCUUUCACCGACCAGGAGGAUGUGACGUCAGAAGAAGUAGAUACACCCACUCCGGACACCGUGAAGAGCGUUGGGGGCGGCGUGGUGGGGCGGCAGUGGGUAUGGCUGCUGGACGUGGAGAGAGCGUGUGGCCUGGUGGUGGGGCGGUGCCUAGAGGGAAUGCUGCUGGGGCCGCCACUCACCCCCAGCGAACUUAGAAGCAAGGACUGGCUCUCUCUACAGCUGUUCUCCUGUGGUCUGGCCAGUGAAGUGCGAUGUCCUGAGAAGGUGAGCGCCGCCAUCAGCCAGGUGGUGGGGCUGGUGGAGUGUGGGCGGGAGGUGGUGGUGGAGGCGAUGCACAACCUUGUCACCACUUACCCUCAGCUCACCUCACCACUCGUCACCAUUCUUGAGCCCAAGAGCCAGGUGACGCGAUGGAUGGAGGAGCUGGCAUGUGCUGAGGAUUGGGACACUUGUGAGGUGAAGGAAGAUGCUCUAUUGGACACCUCAACACACCUGCUGCUGUCUGCCUUCCUCACACACACCUCCAUCACACAGACACAGCUCGGGAUACACUACUGCCCGGUGAUGAGGGAAGUGUUCCGGCUGGUGUACCACAUUCGCCGCCGUCUGGUCACUCUCAAGACGCAGGAGGUUACCGAGGGAGAGGAGACGUCACGGGCAGGCUCAGAGGCAGCACAGGAGGAGGAGAGAGUAAGAGUGGAGAUUGUGGAGCAAAUGUUGUCCCUCACUGCCACUGCCAACCAAGAACCAGGCUCGACUGAAAACCAGGAGGAGGUGAGGGAGCUGAGGGAGCGACUGAUGGCCAUGAGGAACCCCAGGAAUUAUGAGGAGCAAGAGGGUGAGGAGGGUGGAGCAGAGGCCACAGAGGGAGUCAGUUAUGAGGCGGCCAGUCAGAAUAUCAUCACACAGUGCCUGAUGCUGCUCAUGGCAAUCAGACCCGCUCCGCUGCUGCCCAAGACCACCACGCAGCUGACAAGCCAGGAGGUUCUGGUGCUGGUGAUGGGACGUUGCAUUGAGGUGCUGAGGUUUGUGGGCGCAGAGGACCACCACCUGGCCUCCCACAAGACCUCUGCCAAUAUGCCCCCUGGACCGGAUGUGCUGCUGGCUUCCAUGACCACACAGCAGUCCAGGGCAGAGUCCCGCCUGGAGGCCCUGGAGCUAAUGCUGGUCCUGCUCACCCCGGCCCAGGAAGGGGACAAGGAGGUGGCGGCAACAGAAGACAAAGAGAAGGAGCAGCAGGAAGGGAAGCCCCAACACGUUUCCCUGGACAAGGCGUGUGGGGCUCUGCUUCCCUCAGUGUACCACGAGGUGAUGACGGGCUGCUUUGGGCUGGAGAGUCUGUGGAGCAGCAGCAGCUACUCCCUGGUGCGUAGCCUGGAGGCCACACACUACCUGGACGGCAUCAGGGCGGCCAGCCAGACCACACAGCAGCAGAUUGCCAACACUGUGCACGUCAUCUAUCAGCACCUCGUCUCUUCCCUGCUGCUCCACGAACACCCGGACAAAGGCCUGAAGGAGAGACUCUGCCUCCUCACCAUCUUUGCACUCAGUGUCCGAUACGAAGCGGCCGACCUGAGCCUUGCUGUGUCCAGUGGCUUGCUGGACGCUCUCAUGAGAAUGUGCUGCCCUUACGACCCUCCAGCACUGCGCCACACUCCCCACCCCUCCCCCUCCGACCUCCUCCCUCAUGCUGCUCACACCCUCUUCCAGAUCCUCACCAUCCUGACAGGGUACUACGCUGACGACAUCUCUGAGUCUGUGCUGUGCCAGGUGAUGGACCUGUUGUACCUGCAGGUGGAGGACCUGGUGAGUCAUAUUGUAAAGGCUAACGAGACCUCCUGGAAGAACCUUGGGCCCCAGGACGUCCCAUCGGUGCCGCGAGAGAAAGAGCCUGAGAAAGAGAGCUCCGAGGAGAAAGUGAGGGAGGAGGAGGAGGAGCCUGAGGCAGGCGAGGGUGAGGUGAAGGUGAAGAGGCCUGGCCAGCGGCGCCUGGAGCUGCGGCUUACCGGCCUCACCACCACCAUCAACACCACCAACAACAAUAACAACAACAACAUGGCCGACGCCAGGCGGAGGAGACACUUGGAGGUGACUCUGGGCAACCUGCUGGUGUUUGUGAGGCGGCUGUGCGUCAAUCCCCGGGUGACGGCGGUGGUGGGGCGGCAGCCAUGGGUGCGGCUGCUGCUGCUGGUGACCGGAGAGCAAGAGACACACCUGCCGCAGGUGGUCAGCGUCAGGACCAGGGUGCUGGCGCUGACCCUGCUGGGGGCCACACUGCCCUUCUCAGACCUGGACCUGGAGACCCGGGAGCAGGUGGUGCGGCAGCUGUUUGUGCAGCUAGCAGCCAACAUGUGGGUGGUGCCCUCAGCCCAGGCACACCUCAAGGCCAGUCAGCUGCUGGCUGAGCUGCAGAGGCACCUCACGAGGCUUUCCAGCCCCGAGCUGCUGGAGGAACAGUCUCGGCCAGACUCUCCCGAUGACAACCUGCCGGUGCAGGAGGUGGGCUUCGACCCAGACAAGUCUGUGUGCUGCUCAGUGGAGGGCGGCCACACCCUGGUGCACGGGCCAGGGGGACGGGGCUAUGGCCUGGGCACCACCCCCAUCACCUCUGGCUGUUACCAGUGGAAGUUCCUGAUAGUGAAAGAGAACCGUGGCAACGAGGGCACCUGCGUGGGCGUGUCCAAGCACCCGGUGAGGGACUACAGCCACCGCACCUCCUCCGACAUGUGGCUGUACCGCGCCUACUCCGGCAACCUGUACCACAACGGCGAGCUGAGUGUGUCCCUGCCGGGCUUCACGCAGGGCGACUACAUCACCGUGGUGCUGGACAUGGAGGCACGGACGCUCUCCUUUGGCAAGAACGGUGAGGAACCGCGCCUGGCCUUUGAGAACCUGGAGGCCGGGGAGCUGUACCCGUGUGUCAUGUUCUACAGCACAAACCCCGGCGAGAAGGUCAAGAUGGUGGACAUGCAGGUGCGAGGCUCACCCCGGGACCUGGACCCCGGCGACCCUCUGUGUGCCCCACAGGCUGCUGUGCUGGCCGAGGCACACAUCGCCCUGCUGCGCCAGCUGCACGAGGCGGCCACCUGGACGCAGCAGGUCAAUGACUGCAUCAUUGAACGACUCAACCAGACCACCGAGUUGCUGCCCCAGCCCAGGGAGCCCCAGGACCCCUCAGAACCCACCUCCAAGGGAGAUUCAGAAGCUGAGGAGGCUGUCCCUGACCCACAACACCAACAGCAACAGCAGCAACAGACUAGAGAAGAGCAUGUACUGACUCUGGAUGAGCGCCUGGAGCAGGAGGAGCAGGCCAAGAAGAAGGUGCCCAGCUCUGCACCCAAUGAGGACAGCCAAAACACUCCCAGGAAGGAGCAGGCCCACCCGUGCCCCAGCCCUGCUCCGGGCCGCCCCUCCACCAAACACAACCUGGUGUCUGAGAUGAACCUGGAGCAGUUGUGUAAGGAGGUCUACCCGGCCCUGGCCAUGAUUGGCGGAGUGGACAGCGGCCUGCGUGUAGGCAGCCAAUGCAUACAGAAGGGCACAGGGCGGCGAGCCAUGGUGCUUGGGGCGCUGCGGCAGGGCCACCCUGCCAUCAAGGUGCAGUGGUGCGACUGGGACACCAGCAUCAGUGACGUGCCUGUGUCCCUCUUGGAGCCAGUGGAGCCCCAGGCCUUCGACGUGUCCAAGGUCACCGGCAUCACGGCUCGGGUCAUCACGCAGGUCAUGCGGCUGGCUGGCCUCACACAGGAGAUUGAGUUUCCAAAGGUGACAUACAACCAUGAGACAGAUGAGCUGCAGACCACCUCCUCCCUGUCCUCCUCUGGCAGCCUCAUCUCUCCACACCUGCCCCAGACCCACCUGGAGCCUGGCCAGCCCCUCGGCUCCUCAGGCGCCAAGGACACCUCACAACAUAAAGCCAGAGGAGGCUCAGAUGGCCUGACCAUGGACCUCCUCACAGACCAGCUGGUGACCAACAUCAUGGACCAGGUGACGGGCCGCUCGGCUGACAAUGCCCAGGGCUCUGACCCACAGCAGCCUGCCCUGCGUGGCUCCCCGAUGACAGGAGAGCUGAGCCUGGAGGAAGGCAUGGCACUGCGUCUAGCCUUCCUGCAGAGUGCCAGCCUGAGGGCCAUCUGUGCCAUCAUGAACUGCCCUCGCUAUGCUGAGAUGCUGCUGGUGCCAAGAGCUGUGCAGGAGAAGGACGUGGGAGAGAAGGGCAGCUCUGUGUCGCUGAUCCAUGAGGAGGAUGAGAUUCGCACAGCCAUCAGGGUGUUGGUGCGCAGCAUGGUGUCCGCCUGCACCCAGCCACAGCCACUUAAGAGGCAAGUGAGUGUGGCGGAGGUGGAGCGUUGCCACAUGGUGCUGCACAGCAUGUGUGUGCGGGCGUGGGCCGAGGACAGUCUGAGUGUGGCCGAUACUCAGUCCCGCAUCAUGGCCCUCACCGCCUCAGAGGACCACUUGCCAGACCAGAUGGACGAUGGAGCAGAACACUCGCAGAAUGUGCUGUGUGAGCUUCCCUCUUCCACGGGUGACGUGAGGCUGCCCCGCCGCCCCAUCACCUCCUUGGGGCUGCCCAUCACUGUGCCCUGUGCUCCUGCCACACACUCUGGGGGGGAGGUGUCUGCCCCACACGUCCAGGUGUCGCAGUCCACCCGUGCCGGUCACAACCCUCCCCGAGGCCGCUCCAUGGGCCCCCUCACCCCUCAGAGUGCCCCGCUGCCCCCCAUGGCCCAGAGUCACUCCCCAUCACCUCCCCUCACGCCACUGCCACCCUUGCCGCCCCCCAUCGCCACGCCCCUCCUGGAGAUGGGCUUCACUCUCAAGCACAUCCAGAAGGCCAUCGCUGCUCAAGGACACAAGGGUGAGCCAUCAGCCACACAGAUCAACCAGCUGGUGACGUGGAUGCUGGAACACCCGUGCAUUGAGGCGCGGGAGCCGGGUGAACGCCGCCGCUCCCACGAUGACACUUCCGCCUCCACACUCCGCUCUGCCGCCCAGCUGAUGCGAGGGGAGCCAGAGGGACUUGGGGCACGACUCACCUCCACUGGCAGCCUAAUGAGACGCAGCGGCUGUGUGGACAUGCGUUCCUUCGUGCUGCCCUCCAGAGCCUCAGCAACAGGGCGAGGCAUUGAGAGCAGCAGAGAGGCGGAGGGGACACGGCCACAGCACGGACGAGGAGAGGGCCGCUUCAGACAUGGCCGCAUGACUUUUGAUGACCAGCACCGUCCCUCAGAGGAUUCCAUCGGUGCCCUGCCCAUCGACAUUGACCAGUGGUUCUCCAUCAGCGCCACACGGGACAGGGAGUGGAGGACACUGAUUGAGGCGGCCAGCAGCACUGAUGGGGACCGCUCCAUCAGUCUGUGUGAAGUGUGCCAUCACUCCACCACCAACCUGAGGCAGCACAUGAGAGUGGCACACCCUGGAUGUGCCCGGCCCUGGAUGGCUGGCGUCUGUGGCACCCUCAUCGGUGGGACGUACAUUCUGUGUGAGGUGUGCCAGGAGCAGCACGGAUGUUUUGGCACCACCACCACCACACAAGGAGAGCCCACGGAGAGCCAAGACCGCCUCCGAGACCUGACCACUGUGCUGGCUCCAGAUCUGGCCCCUGCUCCUCUCGCCACCAUGGAAGACGACGGUUUGAGCAUGAAUGAAAUUGACCUCAAACUGACGAGCUACAAUGUAAUUGCCUCGCGCCUCGGACUGACUGAGCGGCGACCCAUCCCGGAGCCCAUGCCCUUCCCCUCCCCGGACCCCCUGGGAGCCUCCACCCUUGCCCCCUCACUCUGCGACCCCCCGGAGGCACCCGCAGCCACCGGGACAGGGGCUCGACCCAAGGACAGCAGCACCACCCCAGCACCAGACCGCAGCCUUGGGGAGCAAGCAGCAGCCCUCACCUCCCCCGUGGCACGCAUCUCAGCCCUGCGCCGCACCACCCAUGCCCUGCGGGUCACCAUGGCCAGGGCAGUGGUGAUGCGCGCCCUGUCCCUCCUGGCCCUCAGUGGCGGCUCGUGUGACCUGUGGGCCGGCCUGGAGGCACUGGGGCUGUGUGACGUGCGGCUGCUGGUGCGCCUCAUGUGGCUUGUGGCCCAAGGUCGCGUCCCACUGGAUGGCUCAGCAAGGGCCAACGGGGCCACAGUGGCAGCCACAGACAUCAGCACCAGCCUGGCCCAUCUCAGUGAUGCCAUUGGUGCCCUGGCCCAGAAUGACACAGAUGCUGCCAAGCUUCUCCUGCAGCUGUGUACUCAGCACCUCAUGGUGGCCGCCAUGGGCAUGUCCAGCGGUGACAUCAUCGGAGGCUCUGGGGAGGAGGACAUGAGUGAGCUGAGUCUAGGCGGGGAGCGGCAGGACUCCCGCACCCCGUCCAGCAUGCACCACACUACCAGUUUCCCUGUCACCCAGGCGCUGGUGUCCCUCCUGGCAGCCAACUCCUCCCUCAUCCACGUGGCUGGCAAGGGGGAGGCAUCAUCACCCAUAGGCAAUGGUGGGGAGAAUCAGGGUGAUCCAGCCAUCCAGUUGGCCAAUGCUCUCGGUGCCUGCAUUCUGUCCACCCACCUGCCACACUCACACCGCCAGUGGGCCGCCACACAGCUGGUGGAGUGUAUUGGAGGGCGGGCACGGCUGGUGGAGGGCCACGGUGAAGUGUCUGGCUCAGGCAGCAGCAGCAGCGCCAGCAGCCUGAGCAGUGUUGACUUCAGCCACUCCCUGCCCACCAUACAGACCGCCAUGCUGGAGGGACACACUGCCCCCACCUCCAACGCCCUCUGGCUGGAGAGCAAGAACCUCCUAGUCACCAGUGGACACGACAGCUCAGUGCGCACCUGGAAGGUUCACCAGCGCGGCGUUGGGAUGCAGGAACACACUCUGAUUUUCCAGUUGAGUGAAAACACCAGCAGCUACCCAACCUCCCACAACAAAGUGGAGUACCUCACCUCCCUCUCCUCGGGCCGCUUCAUUGCCGCCACCUUUGAGAACGUGCUCAACAUGUGGUCCAUGGUUGCUGGGCCCACAGAGAUCUGGUCCAGCAGCAGCCCCAUCACUUGUCUGGAGGCCGCCCGACAAGGCAUGUGUGACUGUGUGCUGAUGGGCCACCACGAUGGCUCCGUCACCAUGGCUGCCACGACCUCCCACGGCCUGCUGCCCACAUCACUAGUGCAUGCCGGCCGUCAGGAUGUGUACGUGAGCAGCCUGGCGUGGCAGGAUGAAGACAAGGAGUUGGCGGUUGGCUUCAGUGACGGUGUGGUGAGAAUCUGUUUCGUCAACUGUGAGAUUGAUGUCGUCACCUGUGCCGCCCACCAGGGCCCCGUGUUGGUGCUGGAGUGGAGCAGCAACUGUUGUCUGCUGGCAUCGUGUGGGGAGGGCGGCACCAAGGUGUGGGCUCAGACUGGUGCUGGGGGAUGGACGCCGGUGUACUCACUGGACUACAAGGCCCCACCCAUCACACUGAGGUGGUCCCCCGUCAUCAGUGGAGUGCGUGAGGGUGUGUGUGCUCACAUGCUGGUGGUGGGCCACGAGGAUGGACUGAUCACAGUAUGGAGAGUGCCACAGACACCAACGCCCUCAGGAGCCACACAGUACGAGGAGAGUCCAUGCUGUCUCCUUCAGCUGCGUGGCCACCAGAACUCCAUCACCGCCCUGGAUGUGUCCCUCUCUGGCCUCAUGCUGGCCUCAGGGUGUCAGAAGAGCAACAAUGGCGUGGUGAAUGUGUGGUCACUGCAGGACGGCUCGCUGCUGCAGACAGUGAUGGGGUGUGGUGGUGUGGCCAGCCUCAAGUGGUGUGGUUCAGCAGGUCUGGCAAUCUGCUACACUCAGUCACAGAAUGUGACCUUUGUGUUGAUGGCGGAUGAGCAGUUUUACAGCCUGCGUGUUGUGGCACUGUGCCGAAUGAGACUGCAGCGCUGGGGCAUGUCCGGCCUGCACCAAGCCCCCUGCCUGCGUGCCCUGCUGUGCCACCUGCCGUCCCUCCUCCUCUCUCAGUACCACCAUGAGAAGCCCUUAGUGAUCAGCGGGGAGCAGCUGGUGCACAGCCGGUACCUUCAACAGCUGUGUUCCUUGGCUCUGCUGCUGCGUCUGGACAGUGUCUUAUGCACACAGCCGGCCCCAGUCCAUGUAGCCCAGCCUGAGCCAGUGGUGGAAUGGUCGUGGCUGGACACUCUCUGCACUGCCGUUGCCACCGCUGAGAGCCUCAGGGCACGCAUCCCUCUGCCCUCCUCUUUUGUGGCACGACACUUUAAGUACGCCGAUGACAAGGAGGAGCUGAGUGUGGCUCUGAACAAUUGCAAGUGGGACGUGGAGCAAGACGCAGCUGUCAUGUCCUGGGCCACACAGCAGCCGGCCGACUGGCAAGUGGGUGGCCGCUGCCACGUGUAUAUGUGGGGGAGCGGCCGCCAUGGACAGCUGGCUGAAACAGGCCGCAGCAGCCAGGUGCCAGUGUUGACAGAGACUCUGGGGUGUGCUCAGCAGGUAGUGUGUGGCCAGAACUGCACCUUCAUUGUGACGGCCAACGGCUCCAUCCUGGCGUGUGGGGAGGGCAGCUACGGACGCCUGGGACAAGGCAACUCAGACGACCUGCACACCCCGACGGUCAUCUCCACCCUGCAAGGGUUUGUGGUGACCCAGGUGGCCACGUCUUGUGGGUCUGACGGCCACAGCCUGGCAGUGACAGACAGCGGGGAAGUAUUCUCUUGGGGCGAUGGAGACUACGGCAAGCUGGGCCACGGCAACUCGGACCGGCAGCGUCGGCCGCGGCAGAUUGAGGCGUUCCAGGGACAGGAGGUGGUGCACCUGGCGUGUGGCUUCAAGCACACUGCGGUGGUCACUGCCGAUGGCAAGCUCUUCACUUUUGGUAAUGGCGACUACGGCCGCCUGGGGCUCGGCUCCACGGCCAACAAGAAGCUGCCUGAGCGAGUGAUGGCGCUGGAUGGGUGGCGGGUGGGGCAGGUGGCCUGCGGCCUCAACCACACAGUAUGCUGCAGCACCGACGGUAACACUGUGUGGGCCUUUGGUGACGGUGACUACGGCAAGCUGGGCCUGGGCAACUCCACCUCCAAGUCCACACCCCAGAAGGUGGAGACCAUGUGUGGCAUUGGGGUGAAGAAGGUGUGCUGUGGGACGCAGUUCACCGUGUUCCUGACCCGGGAAGGCUGCGUGUACACCUGCGGCAUGGACCGCCUCAUUGGCCAGCCGGAGUCACGCACCAGAGGCCACAACCGGCCACAGCUGGUGCCGGCACUGGUGGGCCAGACGGUGGUGGAUGUGGCAGUGGGGUCAGAACACACCGUGGCCCUCACCUCCACCGGGGACGUGCUAGGCUGGGGUGUCAACAGUGACGGCCAGCUGGGCCUGGGCCACUCAGCCGCUGUGAGGGAGCCACAGCUUAUCCGCACGCUGGUCGGGAAGGGCAUCCGGCAGAUCAGUGCCGGCCGCAGCCACAGUGCUGCCUGGACCGCCCCUCCCCUCCCCCCUGUAACCCCUGGCAACCCUGCCCCAAUGCAGUUGGGGGUGCCAGCCUCCGUGCCCCCACAGUACCCCAACUUGCAGAAUGUGUCCCGCGGUGCGCUGUGUGCCCGGCUGAGGCUGCUGCAUCAGUUUAGUGACCUGCUGUACUCCUCCUGGAAGCUGAUCACCCUCACGCCGGGCACCGAGUGUUACCUGGACAAUGUGAGUGCCGUCACCUCGGGUGAGGUGCGCUCCCUGGUGUCCCCCAGAGUGUACACGUUGCCCCUGGUACGCUGCCUGGGCCGCACCAUGGUCCAGGGCCGCAACUAUGGCCCUCAGGUGACUGUCAAGAGAAUUUCCAGCAGGGGGGUGCCCUGCCGGCCAAUCUUCACUCAGCUGGCCCGGCAGGUGGUCAAGCUGAAGCCUUCAGAUCUGCGGCUGCCGUCCAGGGCCUGGAAGGUGAAGCUGGUUGGGGAAGGCGCCGAUGAUGCGGGCGGUGUGUUUGAUGACACCAUGACAGAAAUGUGCCACGAGCUGGUCACCGGCGCCGUGCCUCUCCUCAUCUCCACGCCCAAUGCCAUCUCUGAUGUCGGCAACAACCGGGACCGCUUCCUCCUCAACCCGGACCUUGCCCAGGCCAAUCACCUCAUGUGGUUCAAGUUCCUCGGCAUCCUCUUUGGUGUUGCCAUCCGCACCAAGAAGCCGCUCGCCCUGCCCCUCGCACCACUCGUCUGGAAGCUGCUGGCCGGCAUCUCCCCUUCCUCGGCUGACCUGGAAGAGGUGGACAUUGAGUACAUGCAGACGCUGAGAGCCAUCCGGGACAUUGAUCAGGACGGAGUGACUGAGGACACCUUCCAUGAUGUCAUCCCUCUGGAGAGCUUUGAGUGCAUGAGUCUGACAGGAGCGCGGGUGGCGGUGGUGCCUGGAGGCCGUGCUGUGCCCCUCACCUUCACCAACAGACAGGAGUAUGUGGCCCGCACCAUCCACUACCGCCUGCACCAGAUGGACAGACAGGUGGCGGCUGUGAGGGAGGGCAUGGCGUGUAUCGUCCCCGUGCCGCUGCUGUCCCUCAUGACGGCAGCACACCUGGAGCAGCUGGUGUGUGGUCUGCCUCACAUAUCCGUCGCCACACUCAGGAAGGUUGUCAGGUACCGUGAGGUGGAGGAGCAUGACACGCUGGUGCAGUGGUUGUGGGCCAUCCUGGAGUCCUUCAGUCCCUGUGAGCGCGUCCUGUUUGUGCGCUUUGUGUCGGGCCGCUCCAGACUGCCGGCCAACCUGGCAGACCUCUCACAGCGGUUCCAGGUGAUGCGAGUGGACCGGCCCAUGGACACGCUGCCCACUGCCCAGACCUGCUUCUUCCAGCUGCGUCUGCCACCCUAUUCCAGCCAGGAGGUGAUGGCCGAGCGGCUGCGCUACGCCAUUAACAACUGCCGCUCCAUUGACAUGGACAACUACAUGCUGGCUCGCAACCAGGACCCCAACCACCACUCAGACGAUGACGAGUUCUGAGAGGCGGCGGGCGGCGCGCUUGUGGCUCGUACGUCGUGGACCGUGUCACCGUUGCUCUCCCGCACGCACACACACACAUACACACACGCGCCCGUACUGCUGAUGAGUAACAUGAUGCGGCAUUCAAUACAAGACCCUUCUGAACAGCACGCCGACGCACACGCACACACUCCGCCGAUGAGUAACAUAACGUGGCACUCUAUUUAAAGUUUCUCCAAACAGCACAGUCACUCGCUGCACAGUCUGGAGUGGCAUUCACUGUGACAUUUCUCCAUUCCUCAGUGCAACAUAAAGAUGCCUCUAUAGACUUACAAUAUCCCAUAAAGAGCUACUGAAGACAAAGGAUCUGAUAGGAAAAUAAGUGACUAGAUAGCUAAGACAGAUGGAAAGGGAGUGUGCUGCUGUACUUUGAAAAGGGAGAAGUUGUCAGCACAGCUUCAUCCAAGAAUGCUGUGUUGUAGCAUUGCAUCAAAUGUCCUCAGCACAAGUUAACAUUUGUAUUUUGGUGACAUUCCGUACAGUGUGGCUGACAGGAGAUGUAUUGUACCACUGAUUACGAGUACAAGAGGGAUGGAACACUGCUAAGGUCACAGUAGCUUUAUGGGGAAACUAUACAGUAUAAUGAUGCCAUUUUGUACUUACUAACAAGACCGGCCACACCACUCACCGCAGCGUUGUCUUGCCAUGAGUCAAUAGUGUGCAUGAGGCAGCAUUUGUACCAGUAGAAGAAUCCAACGGUAGCACUUCUUUUACUCAGAUUAUGAAGGAAUAUUAGCCAAGAAGGUUUUGAUCAGCCACAAGAAACCUUUCACGCAUAAAGACAGAUUAGGAGAAAAUAUGAGCGUAACAAUUCUAUGAUAAAUAUUGCCUUCUAGUGAUACUUUUACUUUGGUGUCAGCUUUACACUCGCUAAGGAAGGAAUGACGCGUUGAUCUGAGGGUUGCUUUGCGUAUCAGCAGUUGAGCAAACGUUUGACUUGUUCUGUUAAUCAGGGUAAUGAUCAGAGAUGCCUUGAGGUGAAGGAUUAGGAAGGAGACGAUAGAUUAAGAUUUUGCCUGUGUCGUGUAUUCUACUUCACUAUUUUGGACAAGAGCAAAAAGGUGGUGUUUGUUCAGUUCAUGUGAAGAACUCUUAGUGUCUACAGUUCCAGCAGCACCCACGAUCAGCGUCUGGGUGUUUGUCCAAGCGUGUGUGCUUGUGUGCAUGUCUGCGAGUGUGCCUGUGUGUGCUUUGUCUCCUUUGUCAUUGUUUGGAUCAGUCUCUAUUCAGCAGGAACACAGCAUUCCUAUGAGGCAGGUGGUUCUUGAUGUAGCAUUAGCCUGACUCCAUUUUUCAUGCUCAAAUACUUAUCACAGACUGGCUCAAUAGGAAUCUUUGCACGCUGAAGAACAAGUGCCAUAUCUGUGAUGGGUGGAAGCUGUUUUUUGCAUUUGGACGCUCACAGGGAUUGUUCGAGUCAGGCACACAUUGGUGACUCGGGGUCCAGGCAGGGAAAGCAGUGAGUUGCAAGGUUAGCAGCUCACUUGUACUCAGCUUCCUUGACUUGUUGCUGCAUUGCCUCCACUAUCUCGCCUUCCUUUUCCUCCUGCUGUCUGUGAGUCCUGAGUCUGCCGGUUUGAUAUGCAUGCGCUUGCUGAUCAAGAUGUACUGGGAUUUUAUACUGUUAUUGCCAAAGUUUGUAUCCUCUGAAAGGGAUUAUGGACUUCCUAGGUAAGGCAGAUUUUGUUGUUGUAUAUGCUCAUGUAAUGCUGCCAAAGAGAGUGAGAAUGGUUUGUACUUUUGACUUUGAAUUACACGGUUGGGUUGCUCUAGUGAGGCUCCCAGCAGAGUAUACUCAUGACAGCUUCUCCAUGGUGGAGGUAGCUCUUUUUCGUAACCCUUGCCUGCGCCGCGCGUUGUUGCUGCAGCGCUGUGACUCGGUAGUGAUAGUGAAGAUGAAUCAUUGCUACUGAGUUUAGGCAGAGGAAAGCUUUGUGGUGCUUGCAGCUUCCAUGUAUUCCUUCUGUACACUCUUGGAAACAUUAUUAACACGGCUAGCUUUCCUUUCCUCCCUAUUUUUUGUAAAGACAAGAUAUCGUGCUUUUUUAUACAAGGCUUCAUUCGUAGCUAGCCCUUCCCUCUUUGACCCUCUCUACCUGUUCUCUGUUGACAAAGCUGAACUAAAGAUGGACAGAAGUGUUGUGACGUAUUUACUCUUCAUUCACAGAGUCAUGACAUUCCAGAUGAGUGUGUACUGAGUGUGAAAGCUGCAGCAUCCUUUUCUUCUUUCAUCCUGAGCGAAUCACUUGUUGGGGUGUGUUAGAAGUGUGUGUCACUGAAGAAGCCACAGAAGGAGACUGUGGCUGAGUUGGACACCACCUCUACUCACACACGUUCUGAAUGCAAUGGUGUCAUUUUUAACGUUGCUAAUCAUUUUCUCUAGCCAUAACUUCUUGCUCACUUUUUUUUACAUACCGGUGUCUGUUAAACGGUUGCCAUAUUUGUUAAUUGUUUUACUGAAAGGUGGGUUUCCAAAGUGGUUGUGUUACCCCACUUGUUAAUUUUGUUAUUAAGUGUUCAGUUUUUUUUUUUUUUUUUUUUUUUUUUUUUUUAAGUGGCUGAAGGACAUACUUGUGAUAUGUGAACAGAACAAGGUGAGAACAACAUAUCUCGGCUUCAUCCAUCAGAGGGCAGUGAUGCAACCUUGUCCCUCCACAACCUGAUCUCACUGAAGGCAAAGCUGGGACCGUCUCGCUGCAGACUGAGGAGCGCUGCUGAACACUUUAUGUACCACAGGAAACACAUUGAGGGGUAUUUACUAAGUGUGUGUGUCUCAUUUUUCCAUCUAACAUUUUUACACCAAUGUCAAAGCUCAUGUCACUGUUUCGGUUCAAGGGCAGUGAGGAUUGCUUCCCGUGAUCUCCUUUCCAAUGCAGGUUAUUGCUUGUAUUCCUAAACCCUUCAGUGUCUUGUCUUGGUAACUCUCAACGGGCUGCAGUGGAGGUUAUUGGGGUUUUAAAACGUUCUUUCAUGUGGUAAUUUAGUAAGAAUCCUGCGUCAUCACUGAGGAUGUGGUUGAUUGUCGCUGUGGGCCUUGAGAGUAAUUCUGGCAAGAGAGCUGAGUGUUUAAGAGUACAGUGGUGUGUGUGUACAGUCUGCAGGGUCUCAAAGGUGCAUAGUAUAAUGGUUAUUGUGCUAGUCAUCUUUCCUUUUGUGUAACUCUUCCGAAUCUCUCGCGUGUAUGUAUGUAAACUUCAUUAUUUCUGUAUGUUUGCUUUCCUGGUGUUAGGUAUGGAUGUACUAGCUGUGAUUAUUACUGUUGAUUUGUCUUGAUCUAUUUAUUUAUUGUUAUGUAAAACUUUUGAAUGUUAUUUGUUUAUUUUAGUACACUCUUAUACCUCAGUCAUGUGUGUCCUUAGAUUUAGCAACAGUUCCCCUCAUUCUCUCUCUCUUUCUCUCUCUCAUUGUGUCAUCUGGCCCAUAGUUUUAAUUUCCAAAGACAGGCAGAACACAGCCUCCCUCCUGCACUACCCCUCAGCACUCCUGGCUCCCCUCCCUCCCUACCAAACCUACGAACACAUGUAUUUCAGUCUGCAGUCACUAUUCAGCUAGCAUGUACCUGCCCAGCACAUCAACAAGGUUGUGAUGAAUGCUUGUCAGAGUUAGGCAUUUGUCCUGCAGUGGUGGGCAUCACAGAGGCUUGUUUUUUGUGCUCCAUGGAUGGCUGUAUCUUGGGGAGUGAUAGAGAACAUUAUUUUGGUCAGUGUAUACAUGGCAAGCUUGAUUCAGUCCUGUAAAAGCACAACUAGGCAAACCGUACUCCACAGCUCCCUAGAACACUCUCCUGCCUCACCAGCAUCACCAGAGGGUAGGAGCUGUAUGGUGAUGUGAUGUGGUGCUGGGCUAGACUGACUGAUUGGAGCAUAGCCUGGCCAUCUUAAUCUUAACUCCUUCAGUACUGGGGCACAUUUUACCUUGAGUUGUGGGCGUGAUUAGAUUAUUUUAUUUAUAUUAGGUACUGUCUAUGGAGGUCAAAAGAUAAUGGCCAUUCUUCACUAUUCUAAUCCCCCACAUAAGUUUCUGAAGUUGUAUAAAGUCACCAAAAAGUAAACAGAAGGAAUAUGAAAUUGCAUCUUGGUACUGAAGGAGUUAAGGGUUGUUUAUGUAUCACUAGUAAAAGAAAUUCAGCAGAACUAAUUGAUACCUAUAUUUAUCAGGAUAGGCAAGUUUAUCUGUGCUCACUCAUUUGUUGCGAUAGAAGGAAGGAAUAGAUUGACUUGGUAGGUUGUAAAUGGCUGGGAUGCAUAGUCAGUCAUUCAUUCAUUCAGUCAGUCAGUCAGUUUGGUCCAGUAGCAGUAGCAGGAGGCAGUUGUGUGUUGCCCCAUCCAGCCUUCCAUCAGUGCCACACAAGCUUUAGUACUUGCAGACUGGUGGGUGGCAGACCAAGCGUUGUGAACCAAGACCUGUUUGAGUCGCUAGGUAGAUCUACACUGUACUCGCUGUUUGUACUCGCUUGACGCUGAGAAAGUGAGUGUGUGGAUGGAUGUGUUUUUUGUAUUUUUAUAGUAGUAGAUGCACCUCCUCCCUCAGCCACACCCCUUCACCACCACCACCUCCACCUCCACCUCCACCACCUCCUCCACCACCACCACCACCACCACCUCCACCUCCACCUCCACCACCAGCCAGGCAGCUCCCACCCACCCCAGCACUCACCUCCCCAACCCCCUGCCCCCCGUCAGUGUUACUAGCCACUGUAUAACCGCGUCACAACCAACAGGAGGUCUCCCUAACCUCUGUGGUAAUUCAGUACAUUGUCCACUUAACUGUAGACGUCUAAAUUAGAACAAUCUUCUGACCAAAUUGAUAUUAAAUUGUUACUGACAAAA